AGAGCAAUCUGUACAGCGCAACAGCAUCUACAUGCAUAGUUGUAUGAUUGAUAAAAUAGAAAUGAGUAUGUUAGGCACUAUUUUUCCUUUAAUACUAUUGACAAUAACCUGUGCACAAGAAGGAAAAGAAUGCUCUUCUCCUCUCAGUGAUCCAGCUGAAGAACUAAUUGGAAAACGGCUACAAUCUUACCCACAUAAUACUCUAUUGAAAUACAGCUGUCGACCUGGAUACAUUAAACUUGGAACCAUUUAUUACCUGUGUGAAAAUGGAUCUUGGAAAAACAUUAAUCAUGUGAAAUGUAGAAAAAAGUCCUGUGGGCAUCCUGGGGAUGCUCAGUUUGGUACAUUUCGUCUUACAGAGGGUGAAGACUUUGUAUUUGGAGCACGUGUUGAAUAUUCUUGUGAUGACGGGUACCAUAUGGUGAGCCAAAGAACGUUCCGUGUUUGCAUGGCUGAUGGCUGGAGUAAUGACAUUCCACACUGUGAAGUGGUAGGCAGUGCAUAUACAGUUUGGUAUUUCUCUCUCAUAACUUUUCAUUAG